AGACGGUGUUGCGGACCUUCCAUUGCAAGUCGUACGCAAGCGUCGCGUUGGACGGUAUGCACGUAGGCUAACUCGAGUUGCCGUUAGAGACGGGGACGAUUGUGCGAUCGUAUUUGAAACCGUGGUGAAAAAAUGUGUCGAUGUUGCUGGAGGAACUGGCAACCCCAACAAGUGAAGCAUUGUACCCGUCCGAGGAGCAGUCAGGUGGUACAGACUCGAGGAAGCGGGGAUCGUUCGAUCUGAACCUUUGGAGGCAACGUGUUGGUCGCCUAAUACGCAUAGGCGCGUGACAACAUACGUGGACGAAGCUACAUGGCGAGUUAUUCGCGAGGACCCUCGUCUCGACAAUCCGAUGACACAAUGGACGAUGACAUCGACGAUAAGGAUGACACAAAGCGAAAAUCCCGGAAUUUGAGCGAGAAGAAGCGCCGGGAUCAGUUCAAUAUGCUCGUAAACGAACUUGGUAGCAUGGUUGGUUCAAACGCAAGGAAAAUGGACAAAUCUACCGUAUUAAAAUCAACGAUAUUAUUCCUGAAAAACCAUAACGAAAUAGCUGUACGAUCAAGGGUGCACGAAAUACAGGAAGAUUGGAAACCGUCUUUUCUAUCGAACGAAGAAUUCACGCAUCUCAUAUUAGAGGCUCUGGACGGUUUUAUAAUGGUAUUUUCUUCAAGCGGGCGCAUUUAUUAUGUGUCUGAAAGUGUUACAUCUCUACUUGGGUAUCUUCCAAACGAGCUGGAAAACACGACCAUCUAUGAUAUUACUUAUCAGGACGACCAAUCUCCUCUUUACAACGUUCUACUGAAUCCUGCCAACACAAAAGACCGACGAAACAUUAAAAAGGAGGAUCAAAUAUCUUUCUCGUGUCACAUUAAAAGGGGUGGAUUAAACAUCCAGGAAAACCCAAUAUACGAACUCGUACAAUUUGUUGGAUAUUUUCGUUCUGACGUUGAUGCAGAAGUGGAUAACUUGAUUCCAAACACAAAGUUCGGUAAUACCGGUGGAAUGGACAUGAAAUUAGUUUUCGUGGGUACAGGACGUCUUCAUACGCCUCAGUUGAUCAGAGAACUAUCGGUAAUGGACAACACAAAGUCAGAGUUCACUUCCCGUCACAGCCUCGAGUGGAAAUUUCUAUUUCUGGAUCAUCGAGCACCACCGAUCAUCGGAUAUCUACCGUUCGAGGUGUUGGGCACGUCUGGCUACGAUUACUAUCACGUGGACGAUUUGGACAAAGUUGUCACGUGCCACGAGUCGCUCUCGUUUGCAGUGAUGCAGAAAGGCGAAGGAACCUCCUGCUAUUACAGAUUCCUUACGAAAGGUCAGCAGUGGAUAUGGUUGCAGACUAGAUUCUACAUUACGUACAACCAAUGGAAUUCGAAGCCUGAAUUCAUCGUGUGCACGCAUUACGUGGUUAGUUACAUCGAUGUAAUUAAAGAAUUGCGUAAGGAAUCGGUGAGCUUCGGCAAGGAUCAGGGCCAAAGUGUGCUGAUGGCGGUGAAGCAACAACAGAAAUUAUGCGAGCAGGUGACGACGUCGGCGUCUUGUCCUGUUCCAUCGACGCAAUGGCCGUCAAAAUCGUCCAAAGCAACGAAGCCGGUGGCGUCGAACACGCGAUUACGGUAUCACGUCGAAAGUUCCGACAGCUCUUCGAUGUCCACGUCUAUACAAAGUUCUCCACACUCGCAGGUAACGCACGUCUCGCGGUCGAAAGGCACCCCCGCGAGCAAUUCGUUACCGUCAAAGGGCCAAAUCGGCCAAAUCGGCCAAAUCGGCCAAAUCGGCCAAAUCGGCCAAAUCGACAACAGACAACACCAACAACAGCAAACUCAGCAACAACCUCAGUUCGAGGUAGAUCAGAGUUGCGUCGGCUUCAUGGAACAGACGCAAUACGCGACGAUUAACUUGCAACCAGUGGUCAGCACAGGUUUUACAACGCCAACUGCGCCGAUCGUUUCAACCAUACCGGCCCACGAGAUGUUACAUCAGCAAGGUAUCGUGAUGACUCCGGCACAGAAUCAAAUUCAAGACGAGCUUCAACGCAAGCACGAGGAACUGCAGCAGCUGAUAGUUCAUCAGCAGGAGGAACUCAGAAGAGUCUCGGAACAAUUGUUUAUCGCUAGAUACGGAAUUUUGUCGCCCCUACUCAAUGCUGGUAUACCAUACAAUACUACAAACAAGUGCCAACAAAUAAAUCGAUGCAACACCAACAAUACAAACGCGCAGUUGUCCACGACGAGCAGCGUGCAGGGUGUAAACGUUCUCUCAUUGCCGAUUACCGUCCCGGUCCCUAUAGUGCCAACGGAAUUAUUUUCUCACCCGUUACCAGUCAGUCCAGUACCAACGGUAUCGACCACAGCACAAGGAAACGUCGGCGUCGGUACGAUGAUUCAACCGCAGGGACCUGCGCAGCAAAAUGCUAAUCCUCCCGAUCUCGUGCCUUUCCAAAUCUGCCCCCACCAAACAGACAUCCUGUACAACGACAUGGAACCACCCUCGAAUCAGCAACAGAGGCCUUCUCAGAACUGAACGCUUUUCACUUUGCAUUCCGUCACACUUUCAACUAAUGAUCCUUUGCUUUCGGAUGUGGCUUUGUUCAGAAACAAACGAAACAAAGGAUUUAAUAUUUUUAUACACGAGUUGUACAAAAGGAGUAUUCCGUCUGGAAAGUAGGAUGUUACCAUAGCUAGUAACACAAAUUGGACGAAUAACGGAGAAUUUAUAGACUUUUAAUUAUCGACGUCAAUUGGCGAUUGACGAUGUGGCAGGGGUGUUCCGUCGAUAAUUAUCGUUAAAAAAUACUCGUCGAAUUUGUGUUAAAAGUGACAGUUUGAAAUUGCUUCGAACUGCUUCCAUUAGAUAUUUAUUUAUCAUAAUAUUUUUAUUCUUCUCGUGUAGCUGAUUCCUCGAAACGUCGAUGUUAUUAAAACCAGCCCAUACGAACGGUCAUUGCGUGUUCCCCAUACAUAUAUGUAUAAUAUACGUGUAAAGUGUAUAAAAUGUAUCCAGACAAAGACAGCACGCGCGAAACUGCUGUUGGAACUGGAUGAAAAGUUUUAUGGAUUACGUAGAGCAGCGUUCCCCAAAUUUUCCUAGUCGGCAAUUUUAGUCUCGCAGUCGUCUCGUUAUAAUUCUGAAUAUCGGAACAACGAAGAAGCGAAAGUUUGGGAAAGGUUGCCGCAGAGGAUAGUUUAAUUCAUUUACAAGAGUACAAAACGCUUCUGGAAUCAGUUGGUUGAAGCUACAGUUGGAAAUAUUGCGUUCCGGAUAGCCUAAUUAUUUUUGUUAUGACGGCAUAGCUGGAACUACUGAACGAGGACCCGUGUUUGCGGGAACAGGGUAUAUUUAGAUAUAUAUGUAUAUGUGUAUGUACAUUACGAAAAAGGAAAGAAGUAAUAUAUUUUGUUGUAAAUGUA